UGCCGGGUCGUUUACUCUCCCAUCAAAUUCAAUGCAUUUAAUGCAGAUGAACCUUCCCCUUUACCAGAUUUCAAGUGUUCUUCUAGAACUUCUGGGACUGCAUCCCGUUGCUUUCCCCUUUUAUGAGAGUCAGCAGACUUUGCUAUAUAAAUCUAGAAUCGCAGCACAAUUUCCACGCAGAAUCGUUGCUCAUACGCCAGAUUUUGCUGGGAAUUAGUGGUUGAGUUUCGGCCUUGCUCGGAGUCAAGUCAAAGCUGGGAUUAGGUGAGAGGUUUGAAGGUUCAACUCCAUGGUUUCGAAGAAGAUGGUUCCUCGAUUUGACUCGUGCUUCAUAGAGGGCGGCGAGCUCCGGUAAUGGCUAGAUUUCCGCCGUGUAGGAGAUAAAGGAGCCGUCUUGCUCACAGCCGGAGGGAUUCUGGUCUUGCAAGUGCCUCAAAGCUGUUAUUUUUCCGUGUGCUCCUCCCACCGCCCUCGGAAUCCCUUUCUGAGCUCGAUCAGUCUCGGCGGAGGAAGUGGCGUGAUGCAGAUUCGAAAGUUUCAGCUCGGAGCGGACAGCGAUUUUGUUCUCUGGUUUCCGGAAGCGGCAGAUCUUAGGGCUUAAAAAGGUUGAAUCUGUGCUAUUUCUCUUUACAUUUUGGCGUUUCUAGUUUGGCGAAUUGUGAUAUAAGAACAAAUGGCACGGGGGAGGAGAAGAGAGCUUCUUCUGAGCAGACUCUAUGCUUUUGCUUGCGGCGCAUCAAGGUUCGAAGCCGACGUUUCUCAAGUCGGAGGCCCAGGCUUCUCCCGAGUGGCCUUCGCUAAUGAGCCCGAUUCCAUUGAAGCUUCCAAUUUGAACUAUGGAUCCAACUAUGUUUCCACCACCAAGUACAAUGCUGCUACAUUCUUCCCCAAGGCACUGUUUGAGCAGUUUCGGAGGGUUGCAAACAUGUUCUUUCUGUUUGUUGGAUGCCUUUCUUUUACUUCCCUGGCUCCUUACUCUGCGGUCAGUGCGAUUUUCCCGCUGAUCGUGGUGAUUGGAGCAACCAUGGCAAAGGAAGCCGUUGAAGAUUGGCGUCGGUAUCAGCAGGAUAUCGAAGUGAACAAUAGAAAAGUUAAACUACAUCAAGGUGGUGGCACAUUCAAAUUUACCGAGUGGAGGAAUCUAAGGGUGGGUGAUAUUGUGAAGGUGGAGAAAGAUAGCUUCUUUCCUGCUGACCUUGUUUUGCUUUCGUCAAGUUAUGAUGAUGGAAUUUGUUAUGUUGAGACCAUGAAUCUAGAUGGGGAAACAAACUUGAAACUAAAGCAAGCAUUAGAGGUAACAACAGGUUUACAAUCAGAUUCCAGUUACCAGGAUUUCAAAGCAAUCAUCAAAUGUGAAGAUCCAAAUGCAAGCCUAUACACUUACGUUGGAACUAUGGAAUACGAAGACCGACAGUAUCCUCUUUCGCCUCAACAACUUCUGCUUAGGGACUCAAAGUUGCGCAACACUGAUUUCAUAUAUGGAGUUGUUGUUUUCACAGGCCGUGAUACAAAGGUCAUGCAAAAUGCCACAGACCCACCAUCAAAAAGGAGCAAAAUUGAGAGACUAAUGGAUAGGCUAAUUUAUCUCCUCAUGUCUUCCUUGGUCUCAAUCGCAUUUAUUGGUUCAGUUGUUUUUGGGGUAAAAACUAAUGAUGAUCUACAAGAUGGCAAGAUGAAGAGAUGGUAUCUUAGACCUGAUGACUCCCCCAUCUAUUUCGAUCCUACGAGAGCAGCUGUUGCUGCGAUAUUGCAUUUUUUGACUGCCAUGAUGUUGUAUAGCUAUUUCGUCCCUAUUUCUUUGUAUGUUUCUAUAGAGAUUGUCAAGGUCCUGCAGACUGUAUUUAUCAAUCAAGACAUCCAAAUGUAUCAUGAAGAAUCUGAUAAGCCAGCUCAUGCACGAACUUCAAAUUUGAAUGAGGAACUAGGCCAAGUUGACACUAUCCUCUCAGAUAAGACUGGAACCCUCACUUGCAACUCAAUGGAGUUCAUUAAAUGCUCAAUAGCUGGCACUUCUUAUGGUCAUGGGUUUACGGAGGUUGAGAGAGCAAUGGCUAGAAGAAAGGGAUCUCCAUUGGUAGAAACUGAAGGAUCAAGAGAACAUCAUGAGAAUGCAAAACCAGCAAUCAAAGGAUUUAAUUUUGAUGAUGCACGUAUUAUGUAUGGAAAUUGGAUUAAGGAACCUCAUGCUGAUGUCAUAAGGAUGUUUUUUCGACUGUUGGCUAUCUGCCAUACUGCCAUUCCUGAAGUCGAUGAGGAAAAAGGAAACGUAUCAUAUGAGGCUGAAUCACCUGAUGAGGCUGCCUUUGUUAUUGCCGCAAGGGAGCUUGGUUUUGAGUUUUAUCAGAGGACACAAACAAGCAUCUCUAUACGUGAACUAGAUCCAAUCUCAAGCAAGCAUGUGGAAAAGUCAUAUAAGCUGUUAAAUGUCAUAGAGUUUAAUAGCUCUAGAAAGCGAAUGUCUGUGAUAGUUCAAGAUGACAAAGGAAAGUUGCUACUUCUCAGCAAAGGCGCUGAUAGUGUCAUGUUUGAAAGGCUUGCCAAUAAUGGAAGGGAGUUUGAAGAUAAAACUAAGGUGCAGAUGCUCGAAUAUGCUGAUGCUGGUUUAAGAACCUUAGUUCUUGCAUACCGUGAGCUUGAUGAAGAUCAAUACAAAAGCUUCAACCAGAUGUUCAUGGACGCAAAGAAUUCCGUUAGUGCUGAUAGAGAGGAAAGAAUGGAAGAGGCUGCAGAUUCCAUCGAGAGAAAUUUUAUUCUUCUUGGUGCCACAGCUGUUGAAGACAAACUGCAAAAUGGGGUACCUGAGUGCAUAGACAAACUUGCACAAGCUGGGAUCAAACUAUGGGUAUUGACUGGUGACAAGAUGGAAACAGCUAUCAAUAUAGGUUUUGCCUGUAGUCUCCUGAGGCCGGGAAUGAAGCAAAUAAUAAUCAGUUUAGAAGGACCAGAUAUAAUUCAGUUGGAGAAAGGAGGGAACAAAGAAGUCAUUGCUAAGGCAUCAAAGGCUAGUGUUAUAGAUCAGAUAAAUGAAGGAAACAAACUUGUUAGUUCAUCAACUUCUGAGUCAUUUGCCUUGAUCAUUGAUGGAAAAUCUCUUGCAUACGCGUUGAAAGAUGAUAUCAAGAACUUGUUCUUACAACUGGCUGUUGGUUGUGCAUCAGUCAUAUGCUGUCGUUCCUCCCCCAAACAAAAAGCCCUAGUCACCAAGCUCGUUAAAGAAGGUACCGGUAAAGUGACCUUAGCAAUCGGAGAUGGUGCCAAUGAUGUGGGCAUGCUUCAAGAAUCAGAUAUAGGAAUUGGAAUUAGCGGAGCUGAGGGAAUGCAGGCUGUCAUGGCGAGUGACAUUGCAAUAUCUCAGUUCCGCUUUCUCGAGCGUCUGUUACUUGUGCACGGGCAUUGGUGUUACCGGAGGAUAUCAACAAUGAUAUGCUAUUUCUUCUAUAAGAAUCUCACAUUUGGAGUUACCAUCUUCUUGUACGAGGCGUAUACGACAUUUUCCGGCCAGCCUGCGUAUAAUGAUUGGUAUCUAUCAUUGUACAACGUCUUCUUCAGUUCUCUUCCUGUGAUUGCUUUAGGGGUCUUCGAUCAGGAUGUCUCUGCUCGAUUUUGUUUGAAGUUCCCCAUGCUUUACCAAGAAGGCGUUCAGAACGUUCUCUUCAGCUGGCGGCGGAUUCUGGGUUGGAUGUUCGCCGGCGUCUGCAACGGCAUCUCGAUAUUCUUCCUCUGCUCCGCCGCGCUGCAGCACCAGGCCUUCCGCAGGGGCGGCGAGGUGGUGAGCUUCGACGUCCUCGGCGGCACGAUGUACACUUGCGUGGUGUGGGUCGUGAACUGCCACAUGGCGCUGUCCAUCACCUACUUCACCGUGAUCCAGCACGUCUUCAUCUGGGGCAGCAUCGCCCUGUGGUACAUCUUCCUCCUCGUCUACGGCGCCUUGCCGCCCUCCUUCACGACCAACGCCUACCAGGUGUUCGUCGAGGUGCUGGCUCCCGCUCCCUCGUACUGGAUCACGACGCUCUUCGUCGUCGCCGCCACUCUCGUCCCGUACUUCAGUUAUUCGAGCAUUCAGAUGAGGUUCUUCCCCAUGUACCACAACAUGGUCCAGUGGAUUCGGUACGACGGCCAGGCGGAUGAUCCGGAGUACUGCCAGAUCGUGCGCCAGAGGUCGGUGAGACCUACGACCGUCGGAGUGUCGGCCCGGGUCGACGCGAAGGUCAGCCAGUCGCAGUCGUCGUCGGCGACGAGAGUCCAUCAUGCCGUUCACUCCUCGUGACGGCUCUCAUCUCUUCGCUGUGUAAAUUUCGAUUCUUUGCCCGUUUGGGUUGAAUUUUUUUCCUUCUUUUCACGUUUAGAAAAAAUUGUUAUAGAUUCCUUACUGUUUAAUUUUUAAUAUAUGCGAGAUUUUCUUCUCGA